AUGUCAAGGUUCCUCCUGCCCCCGCUCCUGCUCCUGCCCCCGCUCCUGCUCCUGCUCCUCCUGAUCCUCCUGCUCCUUCUGCUCUUGCCCCUCCUGCUCUUCUUGCUAUCUGUUUACGGAUCGAGGGAAGAUUCGAUUCCUGGCCUGACGGAUCCUGUAGCGGAGGGUGACAUGUUUUGGUUCCCUCCUCGAGCUCUGUGCAAGGAUCCUUCCCUCAUCAUUCAGGGAUCAGCGGCGGAGAUGGCGAAGAUCCUCAUGAGGGUCUCAAAUUUGCCGUCGAGUGUUAAAGUUUUUGCGGGUGAGUCCGCACCUGACAUUCUCUCUCUUCACCUGUUCUCUCACGUUGACAUGUCCUUUGAAAACUUGACAUGUCGUGACCUGGACAGGCAUGAGUACACGUUGAGCAACUACAAGUUUGCAGCUGCGUUGGAGCCUGACAACCCGAGCACGAUUGGAGAAGAAAUCGCUACCAACCCCUACAUCCGGGUUGUCAUCUCCAAGGCUGCUUGCGCAAAGAUCGCGCUGCUGCUCAAUGCAGCCAACGGCACGCGGAAGCAGGAGGGGGAACCUGACAGCAUUACGGUCUUGUCGGAGGUCAGGAGGUGCCGGGAUGAGGUUCAGAAUGUCUUGAAGGAUAAGAUCGAACAGAUGUUCGAUCAGGCGAAGUCAGUGUGA